AUGAAGAUUCUUAUGAUAAAUAAAAAGAGAGACACAGACGAGCUUUGCACAAAUCAAUCCAGUAAAAAGAGUGACACAGGCGAGCUUUGCACAAAUCAAUCCAGUAAAAAGAGUGACACAGGCGAGCUUUGCACAAAUCAAUCCAGUAAAAAGAGUAACACAGACGAGCUUUGCACAAAUCAAUCCAGUAAAAAGAGUAACACAGACGAGUUUUGCACAAAUCAAUCCAGUAAAAAGAGUGACACAGACGAGCUUUGCACAAAUCAAUCCAGUAAAAAGAGUAACACAGAUGAGCUUUGCACAAUUCAAUCCAGUAAAAGAGGUAACACAGACGAGCUUUGCACAAAUCAAUCCAGUAAAAAGAGUGACACAGACGAGCUUUGCACAAAUCAAUCCAGUAAAAAGAGUGACACAGACGAGCUUUGCACAAAUCAAUCCAGUAAAAAGAGUAACACAGACGAGCUUUGCACAAAUCAAUCCAGUAAAAAGAGUAACACAGACGAGCUUUGCACAAAUCAAUCCAGUAAAAAGAGUGACACAGGCGAGUUUUGCACAAAUCAAUCCAGUAAAAAGAGUGACACAGACGAGCUUUGCACAAAUCAAUCCAGUAAAAAGAGUGACACAGACGAGCUUUGCACAAAUCAAUCCAGUAAAAAGAGUGACACAGACGAGCUUUGCACAAAUCAAAAGUACCUCAGGAUGAGUACUGUUGUUCCACGCUUUCACAUUAAUGUGUUUUGUCUGCUUCUGGAUGGCGGAUUGCUUAUUGCAACUGCCUUUAAGUUUCACCCAUGA